AUGGGUUACAUCUUUGUGCAGCAUUUUCUAUGUGAUUGCGACCGGGCGCGGCCGCAUUGCAACCAAUGCCUAAAAUCUGGUUGGAAAUGUCCACUGUAUGGUGAUUCUAUAGAGCGGAUGUUUCUUCAUCACAACCCAGGGAAUCCAGACAUAAAUAAUGGUCCAAAAGCAGAGACUUUCUCGCCAUUUUCAUGUAUUACGGCAAGGAUACAAAGUCCUGAAAUUCCAGUGAAUCUCGACCCACCAACUGCGAACAUAUUAGGCGGAAACAUAUUCCAAUCCACGGAAUCUCGUGCAAUCGGUUUCUUCAUGUCGGCUCACACCUUCCAUAACAUCGGUCUCAUCCGGGGCCAUUUCGAGUAUCUAUCCACAUUUAACGAUGAUGUCAUGAAUGAGCAACGAGUGGUCGCGAGCCUCUGUGCUGUUGCGCUCGCAGCUUAUGCUACCAAGUUUCAACAUGUUGCUCUUCUCAAGAAAGCCAGACAGUAUUACGUUGCAGCGCUUCGACAUAUCAAUGCAGCCUUAUUGUCCUGCCGUGAAGCAGCAAAGAAUGCUACCAUUAUCUCGAUUCUGUUCCUAAACACCUUUGAGGCUCUGACUUGUGAGAGUGGGGACUUCCCCUAUCAAAGAGAGACUCACUUAAAAGGUGUAGCGUCGAUAUUGGACAUUCGAGGGGUGGGACUUGUGCAAUAUCGUCCCGGACUUCAAAUGUUUCGACAAACCCUUCUUUGUAUUUCAGUGACCUGCUUGAUGCGCUCUUUUCGAAUACCUAUGGGAUUGGUAAAGCUUCACCGCCACACUGCUGCUUACAUGGAUACUGAUGAUCCUGCCUGGAAAUUGUCUGAUAUCAUGAUAUCGCUGUCCUAUUUCCGUGCACACAUUAAGUGCCGUACACUCUACGAUCCGGAGAAAAUGAUUGCAUAUGCCAAAGAUAUAGACCGCAGCCUCUGCUCGCUCACGGAUAAAAUGCCCGUAGAUUGGCAAUUCCAGGUCGUGAAUUCAGCGAAGACAUCUAAACAGGUCAUGGGAACGCAAUUUCACAAGUAUCCCGAUGCAUGGGUCGCAGGUGUGUGGAACAACAUCCGUACAUGUCGGUUGCUUCUGCAUCAAGAAAUCAAGCAACAAAUGGAAGAUGUGGGCACAUCUCUAUUCGAUGCUGUCCAGUAUCAGCACUCAGUCAUCAUAAUGCAACAGCUCGUUUCAGACAUCUGUGCUUCCGUUCCUCAAUACUGUGGUUACCUGCCAGUAAUAUCGGGCAGUCUAUCAGAUACACAAACAGGCGGCAAUGGUAUCCCCGCUAUCGCUGGUAUCUACCUCCUAUUCUGGCCUCUGCUAUAUGCCGGGCAGAUGGCUAGUUCGGAAUGUCAGAGAGAUUGGAUCAUUGAUCGCAUGCGCUAUAUCGGUGAAACAACCGGUAUUCAGCAAGCCUUUGUGUUUGAGGAUAUACUAAAGCGGGGUGUGGAUCCUUUUCAAUAG